GAGCCCAUCAUUUGUUUGCUUAGUCGCUUUCAAGAUAGUUUAUUCCUACAUUCCCAGGAAAGACAACUUUGUCCAUGGACUCAUUGAAGGAAUUGAGGAUUUAAAGCCAUGACUUUGAAAUAGCAGAUCAGAAAAUGAACGCUGGAAGCCACCAUUCUCCUUUUGAACGCCAUUUUCAUUUCCUAAGCAAACAUCCCCUAAAAAGAUGUUUCACAUCUGCACACAGUUGGCUGCCGUUGUGGGCGUUAAACGGUUAAGCGACCAACCUCGGCAGAUAUUCAAGAGUUCCUUAAGGAGAAAAAACGAUUUGGAGGAUUCAAAAUAACUUCGUCAGUCUUUGGGGCUUGCAAAAUUGUGAGUAGUCCCCUGCAGAGCUGGGCUGCAAGGAUGAAUGUGCAAAGUUUGGUGCACCGUUUCUACGCCCUGCAGACCGAGCGAGUAGAAGCUUACCGCCUCUUGGAGGAGGGUCACCAGGCAUAUCUCCGAAGCAGCCCUGAUUACGACUUCCUCCGCUAUCGCCAGUUGGUGCACGAGAUCACCGUGGCAUUCAACGGCAUUUCCCAGGAGAUCUUACAGAUCAAGAACAAUCUGGAGGGACCCCUCGGCCGGAGAGACCUUGCGGAGCACCUGGGACAGAUUCAGGAGAAGGAGCAGGAGAAACUCGAACUGACAGCACAACUGCAGCUUGCUAAACAAAAUGUUCAGGACCAUCCCGGAGUAGAAGCCCACACACAGGAAAUGCAAGAAUUGAAGCACAAGCUAAUUCAAACCAUCGAAGCAAUCAGCGAAAUUCUUCAGGAUUUCAAGUACGAUUCGGAAGAAAGCAGUUGACAGGCUGCCCCGUGGGAGAAAGAUGAAGAAAGGCUGGGGAUGGAG